AUGUCUACAACGUCCGUUGAAACCAACACAACCACGGAAAACGAAAUUAAAGUCCGUUCUAUGAAAGAAAUAUGUUUUAUCGUCGCUUUUUGUGAUAAAUUUAAGCCUUAUUUGAAAGGAAUUGAAUUCUGGCCAGAGGAGUUAGAACGAGCUAUAGCAACCGAAUGUGAGAAUGACCUGAUCGAGAAUUUACAUUGUACUUUCCUUAAUAAUUGUCUUAAUCGCAAGAAACCAAUCGAAAGGACACAAUGGCAAAAAUUCCUUUCGGAAGCGAUCGAUCAAAAAAUUAAAAAAGGAUAUCAUUUUUAUCAAGAUUUCAACCCGCUUCGCAGAGUUAAAAACUAUUAUGAACUUAAUGUUGAAGAUAAAGUGUUAAUUUUGAAUAAACUUAUCACAUGGCAACUCCAGGAUAGUCUUACAAUCCGUAAGAUGAUUGAUUCUGAAUACAGAAAUGGAAAAAAAAACGAAGAGAAUUCUCUAGAAGUGAAACCAUAUGGUGUCGAUCGAAGAGGAAGAAGAUAUUAUUAUUUUGGCUAUGGCGCAAGAAUUUAUCGAGAGACGAUUACAAAGGGUAAAGGUAAAAAUAAGCAAACCAAAAUAACCUGGGAGGCAAUAACGACAACCGUUGAAGACGUAGAAAACUACAUUAAUAAUCCAAAAGAGAUUAAGCCAACUGCAAAACUCGAUAAGGUCCUUUAUAAAAGGCUGGUCGACGAAUUGCUGCCUGAAAUCAAAAAAGAAAUUCAGCUUAAAGAAAAGCGCGAUGCGCGAAAAGUACGUCAAGAAAAGUUAGCACAACGAGUUGCACUACUACAUGCAAACUCGGAGAUAGUUGCCAGUCGCACAAGAAGUGGCACACGUCGAGCUGCUCGAGUGAAUUAUGCCGAAUCUUCGGCAUCUUCCGGCACCAGUAUAUCAAGACAAGGUUCAUUUAUUCUCCAAGACGAAGCAACGCCAACAACCGGUCAUUACGCAACACGGUCACGGACUGCUCGAGGGACUGAAAAAAGAAAUUACGAAGAAGUCACACAGGAUCAUGAUUCUGAUGCGAGGUCAUCCAGCUCGACAAAGUCGAGUAAAAAGAGUAAAAUCUCGGCAGAUCUUAGCUCUGUCUCAAAUGGGGCUCGAAUGAGUCGGACAACGUCUGUCGUUUCUGUUGGUUCGGCUGCAACGGCUAAUUCCAUUUUUUCUCGGGCAGAUUAUGAAUCACCUGAAUUCAGGGAAGUUUUCGGUUCUGAAGCCGGAACUGACUUAUCGGAUCCUGGCAGCGAUGCCAUGGAUGAGGAUCUUUAA